GGUUCCGGUUGAGCGCGUGGAUCUGGGCGAUGCGGCCGUUAACGGACGAGGAGACCCGGCUCCUUUUUGAGAAACUCUCCAAAUAUAUUGGAGAGAAUAUAAAGUUACUGGUGGAUCGGCCUGAUGGAACCUACUGCUUCCGUUUACACAAUGAUCGUGUUUAUUACGUAAGUGAGAAAAUCCUGAAGUUGGCAACAAACAUUUCUCGAGAUAAACUUGUUUCAUUCGGAACCUGCUUUGGAAAAUUCACUAAAACUUUAAAAUUCCGACUUCACAUUACAGCACUCGACUAUCUUGCUCCUUAUGCCAAGUACAAAGUGUGGGUGAAACCUGGAACAGAACAAUCUUUUCUUUAUGGAAAUCAUAUAUUGAAAUCUGGCUUGGGCCGAAUUACUGAAAAUACAACGCAGUACCAAGGUGUAGUGGUUUACUCCAUGGCAGACGUUCCUUUGGGCUUUGGAGUUGCUGCAAAAUCAACACAGGAUUGCCGGAGAGUAGACCCUAUGGCAAUUGUUGUAUUUCACCAGGCUGAUGUUGGCGAAUAUCUUCGAAACGAGGACACUCUAACAUAACUCAUUUUGUCAAUCAUAUUAAAGACUAUUGUUCUCAAACUGAGAGGAUUAGUAACAUGGAUCACUCUUUACUAACCAGAUUCCUGUGAUAUCUUCACAAGGAAAUGUACAACACCCAGUUUUGAUGAGGAAAUUAAGUGAAUUCAACAAGGUUUCAUGGAACAGGAUGCUUGCAAGGUGGUAUCAUUUGUGAACCUAGCAGAUUAUUGGUUCAGAGUUGUAACAAUUGUACACAGGAGCACUUUCUUUUGAAAAUGCUACUGAGGAGUGAGCCUCUUCCUUUGCUUUUAAAUUAUGAUGAAGUUUCAGAUAAUAGGGUAAUUUAAUAGAUUUGACUGUUGAAAAUCCCAAAAUCCAAUUUGUUUACAUCUGGAGACAGGAUUAUCUGCAGGAAUGUCUGUAUGAGGUUCAUUCAUAGGUAAUUUGCAUAUUUCAUUUGGAGGGCAUUGAACCCCAUUUUGUUAUGUUUGAAUUACUGUAAUUAAAAAAAAACUGCUAUCAGGUUGUCUUUCCAUAAAUUGUUAACUAUAA